CUUUUUCUACUAUCGCACCCCCUCCCUCGCCAUCUGCUGUAACAACUGUCCCCUUUUGACGCAUUCUCCCUUCCCGCCAUUCGCAAAUUUUUCACAUCAAACCAAAUGGUCACAGUUAGUACCGCAAAAAUGGCGAAAGUAUCCUCACCACCAUCACCGUCCACAGUCACGCCCUCUGUCACAGCUUCACUUCCAUGAUCCAUACCAUAUCCAAGCCAGCAUCGCCGCCACUAGCAUCGACGGAGGUGUGGGUAAGGUAGAAGAGAGUAGCGCGGCGUCGACGUGGUGCCAGCAGAGGAAGAAGAGAAACCACAAGAAAAGAGAAAAAAAAACAACGAGAAGGAAGAAGACAGAGAGGGAGGAGAACAACGAAUGAAAAAAAAGGAUAGGGAAAGAGAAAUAAAAAUAUUUUUAUCAGUUUACUAAAAAUUUAAAUCUAAUCUAAAAUUAUUAUUUUUCAGACGUAAUCAAUUUUUAUAAAAAUACAAAACUAAUAAAUUGCUUAUACAAAUAUGCCUCCAAACUUCUACAAAAGUUUUUGCAUGUAAUUUACUAAAGUGAGUUUAGUGGAUUUCAAAAUUUUAUGAGUAUAUCAAAUCGGCUUACCAAUAUCAUCCAAUAUUUAAUUUGCUAGCGAAAACAUGUAGACCGGAGAUCAGCAUUUCUUAAAAAAAAAAAACUUUUUAUAUACCUCUAAAAAAUAUUCUCCUUUCAAAUAUAUCUAAGUUUUUAAAUUUAUUCCGCUAAAAUUAAAUCAUAUAUAUACCUAGCCUAAGAGGCAAAUACCUAGUCUAAUAUGUAUUGGUAGAGCUUGUAUUAAUACAACUAUUAAGAACUCGAGCCUGCUACUAUUGUAGCAAAUCACCUUAGCUCAAUGCCCAUUACCUGCUCGACCAAAUGCGCCACCGCCCCGCCACCGCCUCCUCCGACCUCGCCGCUGCAUUCGACCGCGUCCGCCACAUCCUCCGCGGCGGCGCCGCCCCCGAUCACCACCUCCACCUCCACUCCGCCCUCCCUGCCGCCCUGUCCGCCGCCUCAUACUCUUCCCCCGACCCCUCCCCGUCCCCCGGCCUCCAACUCCACGCCCUCGCCCUCCGCGCCGGGCUCCUCUCGAGCCCCUUCGUGACCACCUCCCUCGUCGCCCUCUACGCGCGCCGCCCCGACCCCGCCGCCGCGCGCGGCGUCCUCGACUCCGCCCCCGCGCCCCGCGACCCCGCCCCCUGGAACGCCCUCCUCGCCGGGCUCUCGCGCCGCGGCCUCUUCCCCGACGCCCUCGACGCGUUCGUCGAAAUGCGCCAGCGAGGCCUCGUCCCCGACGAGUUCACCCUCCCCCCCGCCCUCAACUCCGCCGCACUCCUCUCCAACUCCCCCACCGCGAGAUCCCUCCACUCCCUCAUCCUUAGAUCCGGGCUCCAAUCCCACCUACACGUGUCCAACGCUCUCAUCGACGCGUACGCCAAACUGGGCGCCGUAACCUGCGCCCACAAGGUGUUCGAUCAUAUGCCUCACCGAGACGUGGUGACGUGGACCUCUCUCCUCACGGGACUCGCCCGGUCCGGCUCCCACGACUCGGCGCUCGGGGUCUACUACGCCAUGCUCCGAACCGGGGUCGAACCGGACGAGUUCGCCACCGCCGCGGUCUUAAGCUCGUGCGCCGGGUCCACCGCGCUGGACCUCGGGCGCCAGGUCCACUCCGCGGCGGUGCGAACCGGGUUCGACUCGUUCCUCUCCGUCGCCAACUCCCUGGUCUCCAUGUACGCGAAGACCGGGUCCAUCGACGACGCGCGAACGGUGUUCGACGCGAUGCGCCGCCGCUGCCCCAUCACGUGGACGGCGCUGAUCGUCGGAUACGCCCAGAACGGUCGAGGCCGCGACUCGCUCGCGGUCUACGAGGACAUGAUCCGAACCGGGUGUAGACCGGAUUACGUCACGUUCAUCGGCCUGCUAUUCGCGUGCAGCCACGCCGGUUUGGUCGGGGCCGGUCGAGCUCACUUCGACUCGAUGGAGCGGGUGUACCGGAUAACCCCCGGACCGGACCACUACGCGUGCAUGGUCGACCUGCUCGGCCGGUCCGGUCGGCUCGAGGAGGCCGCGGAGUUGCUGAGCCGGAUGCGAACCGGACCGGAUCCGACGGUGUGGAAGGCGCUGCUCGGCGCGUGUCGGGUGCACCGGAACGUCGAGCUCGGGGAACGUGCGGCUGAGAUGGUGUUUCGGCUGGACCCCACCGACGCCGUACCGUACGUCAUGCUGUCGAACCUGUACUCCCGGGCGCGGCGGUGGGACGACGUGGCGAGGAUCCGGGGGCUGCUGAGGGCACGUGGCGCGAUCAAGGAGCCCGGGUACAGCUGGGUGGGGGUGGGGCCCGCGACGCACGUGUUCCGCGCGGGGGAGCGGGGCCACGAACGGACGGCGGAGAUCUACCGGAGGGUGGAGGAGAUGAUGGGGAGGAUAAGGGAGGAGGAGGGGUACGUGGCGGACACCGAUUGGGCGCUGCAGGACGAGGACGCGGCGGGGAGGGAGCGGGGAUUGGCGCACCACAGCGAGCGCCUCGCGGUGGCCUUCGGGCUCCUGGAGCUGCCACGUGGCGCGCCGAUACGCGUGUACAAGAACCUGCGCGUGUGCGGGGACUGCCACGUGGCGAUCAAGCUCGUGGCGAAGGUGUAUGCGAGGGUGAUUGUUUUAAGAGACGCUAAUUGUUUUCAUCACAUGAGGGAUGGGGUGUGCUCCUGUGGAGAAUAUUGGUAACACAAAUUUUAUUCAUAUUAUUAUAUAUAUAUUUAAGCUGUAAUAUUAAAAUUUUUGUAAAAUUAAAAAACAAAAAAUCAUGUAUAUGGUGAAGAUUAAUUAUAUAAAAAUCACUAAACAAAGUAAUAAGAACAUAGAAUUCACAAACACUUCCAAUGAAAGCUCCAAUAAGAAGCAUAUAUAUUGACAUUUACAAGCCAAAUAAUACAUGUAUGUAAUCGCUAAAGAGAGUAUAUAUAUCUACGAGUCCGGCUGGGAUACUAUCGAUAAUACCAAGAAUCUAGUGCUAUUCGAGUUUUCCACCGUUAGAUUUAACUUUUUGAUUAUUUUUAUCCGCUAGAUUGUACUAUUCAACCAACCACUCACUCAG